AUGGCGGAAACCAGCGUCGGCUUGGAAGAUAUCAAGAAUGAGACCAUCGACCUUGAGAGAAUUCCUGUCCAUGAAGUGUUUCAAAAGUUGAAAUGCACCAGAGAUGGCUUAUCAAGUGAGGAAGGCCAAAAAAGGCUGCAUAUCUUUGGUCCUAACAAGCUUGAAGAGAAACAGGAAAGCAAGGUUUUGAAGUUCUUGGGAUUUAUGUGGAAUCCUCUGUCAUGGGUGAUGGAGAUUGCAGCUAUUAUGGCCAUUGCUUUGGCUAAUGGAGGAGGCAAGCCCCCAGACUGGCAAGACUUCAUUGGUAUUGUGGCAUUGCUCUUUAUCAAUUCAACUAUUAGCUUCAUUGAAGAAAACAAUGCAGGCAAUGCUGCUGCAGCACUUAUGGCUGGUCUUGCCCCCAAAACAAAGGUCCUAAGAGAUGGAAAGUGGAGCGAGCAAGAAGCUGCGACACUGGUACCAGGAGACAUCAUCAGCAUUAAGUUGGGAGAUAUUGUCCCGGCAGAUGCACGUCUCCUUGAAGGUGAUCCACUCAAGAUUGAUCAGUCCGCCCUUACCGGUGAGUCUUUGCCUGUAAACAAGAAUGCAGGGGAUGAGGUAUUCUCUGGUUCUACCGUCAAGCAAGGGGAGUUAGAGGCUGUUGUUAUUGCCACCGGCGUGCACACUUUCUUCGGAAAAGCUGCUCACCUUGUUGAUAGCACCAACAACGUAGGGCACUUCCAGCAGGUGUUGACAGCAAUUGGAAACUUCUGUAUAUGCUCAAUUGGGGUAGGGAUGCUUAUUGAGAUAGUGGUGAUGUAUCCAAUCCAACAGCGCAGGUACAGAGACGGAAUCGAUAAUCUGCUGGUGCUUCUCAUUGGAGGAAUUCCAAUUGCCAUGCCAACAGUUUUAUCUGUGACAAUGGCCAUUGGAUCUCACCGGCUUUCACAACAAGGAGCUAUCACUAAGAGAAUGACAGCUAUUGAAGAAAUGGCCGGAAUGGAUGUACUCUGCAGUGAUAAGACUGGGACACUUACUCUCAACAAGCUUACUGUAGACAAGUCCUUAGUCGAGGUUUUCACAAACGAUGUUGACAAGGACAUGGUUAUUCUACUAGCGGCAAGGGCUUCCAGGGUUGAGAAUCAAGAUGCUAUUGAUGCCUGUAUUGUUGGAAUGCUAGGUGAUCCAAAAGAGGCCAGAGCAGGCAUUACCGAGGUCCAUUUCUUUCCGUUUAACCCAGUAGACAAGCGUACAGCCAUGACAUAUAUCGAGGCUGACGGUAGUUGGCAUCGAGUCAGCAAAGGUGCUCCAGAGCAGAUUAUUGAUCUAUGCAAUCUCCGAGAUGAUGUGAAGAGGAGAACUCAUGAUAUCAUUGCUAACUUUGCAGAUCGAGGGCUUCGCUCUCUUGCUGUGGCUAGACAAACUGUGAAAGAAAAAAACAAGGAUGCCCAAGGAGAAGCAUGGGAAUUUGUGGGUAUACUGCCACUGUUCGAUCCUCCAAGGCAUGAUAGUGCGGAGACAAUUCGUCGGGCUCUAAAUCUCGGUGUCAAUGUCAAGAUGAUCACUGGUGAUCAACUAGCCAUUGGCAAAGAAACUGGUCGCAGGCUCGGUAUGGGAACCAACAUGUAUCCAUCAUCUGCUCUCCUUGGCCAAAAUAAGGGUGACACAAUCGAUACGGUCGGUGUUGAUGAGCUUAUUGAGAAGGCUGAUGGCUUUGCAGGCGUUUUCCCUGAGCACAAAUAUGAGAUUGUUAAGAGGCUACAGCAAAGGAAUCAUAUUUGUGGCAUGACUGGAGAUGGUGUGAAUGAUGCACCAGCGCUUAAGAAGGCAGACAUUGGAAUUGCAGUGGAUGAUGCAACUGAUGCAGCUCGUGGUGCAUCAGAUAUAGUGCUAACAGAACCAGGACUUAGUGUCAUUGUGAGUGCUGUUCUAACAAGCAGAGCCAUAUUUCAGAGAAUGAAAAACUAUACCAUCUAUGCCGUCUCCAUUACUAUCCGAAUCGUGUUAGGGUUUAUGCUCCUUGCUCUUAUUUGGAAGUUCGAUUUUUCGCCUUUCAUGGUUUUGAUCAUUGCCAUACUGAACGACGGAACCAUUAUGACCAUUUCCAAGGACAGGGUUAAGCCAUCUCCUAUGCCUGACUCAUGGAAGCUCAAGGAGAUAUUUGCCAUGGGCAUUGUCCUCGGUACCUACCUUGCUUGCAUGACUGUUGUUUUCUUCUGGGCUGCUAACGAUUCCAACUUCUUUCAGGACAAGUUUGGGGUAAGAUCCAUUAGGCACAAUCAAGAUGAACUUACAGCUGCUAUCUACCUCCAAGUGAGCAUAGUGAGUCAGGCACUCAUUUUUGUCACUCGUUCUCGAAGUUGGUCUUUCAUCGAACGUCCUGGUCUCCUCCUCGUGGUUGCCUUCAUUUUGGCCCAACUCAUAGCUACACUUCUUGCUGUUUAUGCAAACUGGGGCUUUGCCAGAAUCAAAGGCAUUGGCUGGGGUUGGGCUGGCGUUAUCUGGCUCUACAGUCUAGUCUUCUACGUCCCACUUGACGUACUCAAGUUCUUGAUUCGCUAUUCUUUGAGUGGAAAGGCUUGGGAUAAUUUACUUCAAAACAAGACUGCCUUCACAACAAAGAAGGAUUAUGGAAAAGGAGAGAGGGAGGCACAAUGGGCAAUGGCACAACGCACCCUUCAUGGCUUGACACCACCUGAAAUGACACAGCUCUACAACGAGGAGACCAACUAUAGAGAACUGUCAGAGAUUGCUGAACAAGCGAGGAAGCGUGCCGAAGUAGCAAGGUUGAGGGAACUUCAUACACUCAAAGGGCACGUUGAAUCUGUAGUUAAACUCAAAGGACUGGACAUUGACACCAUCCAACAGCACUACACUGUUUGAGGGAAAGAGUGGAACUGGGUGUUGUUGUAAUGUGCCAUGAAAAGCUUGGAAGGUAUGAAGGAGGAAGAAAUUUUUAGGGUUUCCGAAAUCAGCAUCUAUCCUAUUAUGAAUUUUUG